CAAACAGAACAAGAUGAGAAAAUGAGGAAGCAGCCAGUCAGUUCCAGUUGAAAGGUUUUUACUGUAGGCUUCUUAAUUACACACACAGCGCCUUGAUCUUCUCAGUUAUUAAGAAUCUUCAGCUACAACACAAAAGACAUUAGUUUAUUAUGUAUUUUUCUUGAAUAGACUUGAACUAGAUUUCUGGAGAGAGAUGGAUAUUCAUAAAGUUCUUACUCAAAACUUGUCUUAGGAGUCAGGAGACGUCAAGACGAGAACAUAAGUGCGCAAUAGCAAUUAUUCCAAGCAACAGGUCCCAAGUUACAACUUCUGUUGUGGAUAUCAAGUCUUAAGAAUUUUAAGGACAUGGCAGAAGUCACAAACCAGUUGCCAUAUUUUUUUGGCAACAUAACACGUGAAGAAGCUGAGAACUAUCUUAAGCACGGAGGUUUGAGUGAUGGCCUGUAUUUAUUGCGGCAAAGCAGAAGUUACCUUGGAGGUUAUGCCCUAUCUCUAUCUCAUAGUCGAAAAUAUUACCAUUAUACGAUAGAAAGAGAGUUGAGUGGAACUUAUGCAAUAACUGGUGGAAUAUCACAUAACUCUCCAACUGAGCUAUGUAAUUAUCACACUCAUGAAAGUAGUGGACUUGUCUGUUUGUUGAAGAAACCCUGUAGUCGUCCAUCUGGAGUUCAACCAAAAAUAGGACCUUUUGAAGACCUCAAGGAAAAUCUUAUCAGAGAGUAUGUACAACAAACAUGGAAUUUACAGAGUGAAGCUCUUGAACAAGCUAUUAUCAGCCAAAAACCCCAGCUAGAGAAGCUGAUUGCCACCACUGCUCAUGAAAAAAUGCCUUGGUUUCAUGGCAUUAUUUCAAGAGAUGAAUCUGAACAACUGCUAUUGCAUGGUAUAAAGUCCAAUGGAACCUUUCUAAUAAGAGAACGGGACAACAAUGGAUCAUAUGCCUUGUGUUUGCUUCAUGAUAGGAAGGUUUCACAUUAUCGCAUUGAUCGAGAUAAAACAGGAAAACUGUCAAUACCAGAAGGGAAGAAAUUUGACACUUUGUGGCAGUUGGUCGAGCAUUAUUCCUACAAACCUGAUGGACUUUUGAGGGUGCUGACAAAUCCAUGUCCAAGAUCAGCAGCUAGCAGCAGUGCUGUAGGACCCUUUACUUUCCGUGAAUUUGGGCUUCCUAAGCUUCCUGUGAGGAAUUGGUCAGCAGGUGGAAUAAUCUCAAGAUUCAAAUCCUACUCCUUUCCCAAGGCUGGCUGCAAAAAGACCGCUAAUGUUGCACGAGCUGCAAGUGUUUCUUCAUCAAACCCCUAUGUGUCUAGAAUGAGACUAGAUGAAAAAGGUACUGGUCCAUCAUUGUAUUCGAUGCCAAUGGACACUGACGUAUAUCGUGGAAUAUAUGAAGAUCCUGAUGAGCUAAGGGCUCAAACUGUGAAAAUACAACCAGAACAACUUACUUUGGAUGAUGUUGAACUUGGUUCUGGAAACUUUGGAACUGUGAAAAAAGGAGUUUUAAAAAUGACAAAAUCUGAAAGAAAAGUUGCAGUUAAAAUUCUUAAAAAUGAAAGCAAUGAUCCUUCUGUUCAAGAAGAACUUCUAAGAGAAGCCACCGUGAUGCAACAAUUGGAUAACCCAUACAUUGUCAGAAUGAUUGGUGUUUGUGAAGCUGAGUUUCGGAUGUUGAUUAUGGAGCUGGCAGAACUUGGACCCCUGAAUAAAUUUUUGACUAAAAACAGGGAUAUUUCGGAAAAAAAUUUAACAGAACUCGUCCAUCAAGUUUCCAUGGGGAUGAAGUACUUGGAAGAAAAAAAUUUUGUUCACAGGGAUUUGGCAGCAAGAAAUGUUCUUUUGGUGACUCAACAUUAUGCCAAAAUUAGUGAUUUUGGGCUUUCUAAAGCAAUUGGUUCUGAUGAAAGUUACUAUAAAGCAAAAAGUUGUGGAAAAUGGCCGGUCAAGUGGUAUGCGCCUGAAUGUAUGAACUACUAUAAAUUUUCAAGCAAAAGCGAUGUAUGGAGUUUUGGUGUGCUUAUGUGGGAGGCGUAUUCAUAUGGACAAAAACCAUAUAGAGGAAUGAAAGGUGGAGAAGUGUCCCUAAUGAUUGAAAGUGGAAAACGUAUGGAGUGCCCACUCAAGUGCCCACCAGAAAUUUAUGAACUAAUGAAGUUAUGCUGGACCUACAAAGUUGAAGAUCGUCCUUCAUUUGUCAGUGUUGAGCUUCAACUUCGAAACUAUUACUAUGAUAUUGCCCAGUAAGCUCUUGAAUUUUCUGUAAAUGGAUUCUGCCUCAUACUUGCUUCCCCAGAACCAAGAAAAGUGUACACACAGUUAUUUUUAUUAACAGACAUUGCUUUCUGUAUGAACCUUAUGCAGAGUUACGCUAGAAGACUCUAAAAGCUAUGAGAAUUUCUAUGUAAUGGACUGAGUAGUUAUGUUCUAAAAUAUUACAGAUCACACGCCUGCUAUUUCAAUUGGUCUUUUUUUUAAAUGAUACAAUAAAGUGA